UAUGGAAAAUAAAACAAGAAUAAGUCAAGUUGAUGAUCUUAUCGAAUCUACUGAAAAUGAGACAAUCGGCUUAAAUACAAAAGAAUCAUCUGCCGAUGUUCAAACAGAAAGUUGUACUACGGUUGAUAAUACCACUUAUACUUGUUCAUUAUCUAAAGAUAAUAGAAAGAUUAACGAUGACUUAAAAGUAUUAAAUCCACUACCAAACGCUUAUCAAAGUUUUGAAUUUCAAUUUUCGAAUGUAAUAUCUCGAAAUAAAAAAAAUUGGAAGCAAUUCUUUUACGAUAAAGAUGAUGGUACUUUCCUAAAGAGAACCCCUUUUAGUUGGUUACAAAUUAUCCUAUUCUACGCAAUAUUUUGGUCUUGUUUAGCCGGUUUUUUCAUAGGUGGUAUGAAUGUAAUCGACAAGUUUUUUGCUAAAGAGCAGCCUAACCUAAAUGCCAUUAAUGGUAAUAAUAAUAUGUUAACUACCCCUGGAUUAAUGAUUUUACCAGAAAUGGAUAUAAUAGACAAAUCAAAGCAAGCGGCAGAUAAAAUGAUAAAGAGAUUAAGAUCAUUGAAUAAGACUCUUCGAGUUCGUAAGAAAUGUUCCGAUGAAAUAAUUACGGAAUGUAGAGUUUUAAAUAGCAAUUUUAUCCCUUCUGAAGAAGAAUUAAGAAAUUCUUGGCAAUGGACAAGUGGAUUAUCAUAUAAGCCUUACUUUAUGUUUCGGUUAAAUAGAGUCCAUGGUUGGGAGCCAGAAGAAAAUCCGAUACUGAAUUGUCAGUCAGUAAACGCUAAAUCUGGAGAAGAAACUAAUGAAUUAAUAGGCCUCGAUCGUAAAAUAUCUAUAAACGAAAUCUCCAAGGAUUGCUAUCCUUACUGUUCCAAUAAUAAAGUUGAAAAUCAAAGAUAUAACGAUCCAUACUUCUUUGUUAGAUUAAACUUUAACGAAAGUAAACUCAUUCAUAAAGAUUUCGUUGUAGUCCAAUGCAAAUUUACAGCGAUAAAUAGAUCUAGAACUGACAAAGACUUUUUAUUUCGCGACGGAGUAAGAGGGAUAAGAUUUGGAAUUCAGUUAACUUAA